AUGUCCGUGAUACUCUCAGAUCCGUAUCGAGGCUUUGCAAUUCACUAUACUUCUCCGGAAAAGCCUGAUGAUCAUGAUUUGAUUGUGUUCGGUUCGCCUCAGUCGCAGCUGCGCUCCAAGCUGAUGAGCGGGCCUCCCUUUCCCACUGCAAACACUCUUCUUUCUUUUGGCACACACCCGCUGGCGGUACUGCCUCGUACUGUCUCUCAGGUGGGGGGCCACAAUGACCCUCAAUCGGGCUAUGUCACCGCGCAUCAGAUGCUCCCGCAUCAGCUACCACCGCACUAUGGCUACAAGAUAGCGACUCCGCAAGCAAGCAGGAAACGGUCCCGAUCCGGAAACGAAGAAGAUAUUGGCAGUGACAUCGAUCGCAAUGUUGGAAUCCGCCAAUCUCUGCCUCCAUUGUCUGCUGGUGGCUCCUCCGUUUCUGCAGUAGAACCUCCAAAGAUUUUAUACCCGGUGCACAGCGAGUCCUCGGUUCGUCACCCGUCUUCGGGUCACGAGUUCCCUUCGCCUAUUUCUCUGCCCAUUCCACAGAGCCAUCACCACCACGGUCUCCCUCCACAGGCCCUCCUGCAGACAGGCGGCCAUGGCCUGGAUCCCAACUCGCCCCCAUUGUCAGGACCACCCAGCGUCGUGGGUCAACCUGGAAUGCCCGAACCAGCGCCGAGGCCCCGCGGUCCGAAGCUCAAGUUUACUCCAGAGGAAGAUGCAUUGCUGUUGGACCUCAAGGAGGACAAGAACUUGACCUGGAAACAGAUCGCGGACUUCUUCCCGGGCAGGACAAGUGGUACUCUGCAAGUCCGAUACUGCACAAAGUUGAAGGCCAAGGAUGUGGUAUGGACGGAUGAAAUGGUGCACCGGCUUCAUCGCGCAAUGGAGGAGUAUGAGACUGAUCGAUGGCGCAUCAUUUCCGGAAAGGUUGGCAACGGGUUCACUCCAGCGGCGUGUAAAGAGCAGGCGAGCCAUUUUGAAUGA